CCAGGAAAUUUUACGGGAGUUUCAGAAUUUCUUCUCAUGGGAUUUUCAGUUGCACCAGAACUGCAGUUCUUUAUAUUUGGACUUUUUAUCUCCAUGUACCUGAUCACUGUGUUUGGAAACUUGCUCAUCAUCUUGGCUAUCAGCUCAGACUCCCACCUCCACACACCCAUGUACUUCUUCCUCUCCAACCUGUCCUUUGUAGACAUCUGUUUCACAUCUACCACCAUCCCAAAGAUGCUGGUAAAUAUACAGACAGAGAACAAAGUUAUAACUUAUGCAUGCUGCAUUAGCCAGAUGUACUUUUUUCUACUCUUUGCAGGAUUGGACAACUACAUCCUAACUGUGAUGGCCUAUGACCGGUUUCUGGCCAUCUGCCACCCCCUGAAAUACACAGUCAUCAUGAACCCCAGGCUCUGUGGACUGCUGGUGCUGGUAUCCUGGAUCAUCAGUGUCCUGCAUUCCUUGUUACAAAGCUCAAUGGUGUUGCAGCUGUCCUUUUGUAUAGACUUGGAAGUUCCCCACUUUUUUUGUGAAAUCAAACAGCUUGUCGAACUUGCUUGUUCUGACACCUUCCUCAAUAACAUGGUGAUGUGUUUUGGAGCUGGGCUUCUGGGUGGUGGUCCCCUAGCCGGUAUUCUUUACUCAUACUCUAAGAUAGUGUCCUCUAUCUGUGGAAUCUCUUCAGCUCAUGGGAAGUAUAAAGCAUUUUCCACCUGUGCAUCUCACCUCUCAGUUGUCUCCUUAUUUUAUUGUACAAGCCUAGGAGUGUACCUCAGCUCUUCUGCUUCCCACAGCUCACACUCAAGUGCAACAGCCUCGCUGAUGUACACUGUGGUCACACCCAUGCUAAACCCCCUCAUCUACAGUCUGAGAAAUAAAGACAUAAAGAGGGCUCUGAAAAGAUUUUGA